AUGUUAUUUGUGUUGCUUUUGUUAGUUGUGUACAGUAACGCUGUGACAGUGAACGGUAAUUGGGUGUCAAAAGUAUACCGUGUAAGAGAGAAAGUCCAGUCGUUGGACGCUCGUUACUCCGAGCUGCUCGACCAAGUCAGACACGUAUCGGACCAGCUCGACCAUGCUCGUAUGGAUUAUGAGAACUGCAUCCCAGAAGCGAAACAAGGUAUCGCUGCCAAGGUCAAAGAGAUGGAAGAAAUCGUCGCCAUCUCCAAUUUGAAUGCCAACAAAGUCCUCGCCACGAUGAAAAGAAUGUUGAAUAAACUCCCAUCUGAUUUGAGAGAAAGAGUUAUCAGAGACAUACACGUCGAAAAGUAUUUUUCACCAGUUAAUGAACUUAUUCACAGAACCGUACAUCCUGCUAAAAAGUAA